AUGGCUCCUAAUCAUGAUAUCGCUACUCGUGCACUUGUUGUUACUCUUAAAUCCGUUGCAGGAAAGUCAAAUAGUGAGGUCUGUUACCUUACAGGCCUUCCUGAGUCUACUGUUCGAAGUAUAUAUGCCAAAGCUAUCAAGAGAGGAUUUGAAUACAACGCCUCACAACCUAUUACUAUCUGCAACGCUCACCUUGAAGAUGCUCCUCGCUCGGGACGCCCUACUAAAGAAACCAAGGCUGUACGUCAA